CCUCUUUUUAUGAUUCUGACAUAGAGAGAGAAGCCUGGCGUGCAGCUGCAGGAUCCCUCAUCUGAAGAGAUCGAAGUAGGCUACGGAUCGCGCAUUUUUCGGCGUCUUUGGGAAACACAUAAUCCGGGUACAACGUUUCAGGCGAUGACCCACCUCUGGACCCUUGUGUCAGCGUUGCUGCUGCUGAUUUUGCUAGUGACUGGAAUUCUGAGCAACCAUGAAGAAAAUGACAAUGAAGUCCUCAAACAACUUGAGGCCAAACUCAACAGGAGCCAGAGUCCAGAAAUUGAGAAUGCAAUCAGAAAUAUCACAGAAGUGAUGGAGAGUCAUACAGCAACCACAUCAGCUCCAACGAUUACGACGUCUCGGCCGAGCCCCACUCUUGCUCGGUGUCUAGGAAACCAGGUGACGCAGGGGGGCAGCACUGGUUGUGGCUGUCCAUCCGGGACAGUGCGGAGCGGUGACAACUGUACUUGCCCUGUAGGAUUCGCUCUGCACGGAGCAGCCGAAUGUAAAGAUGUUAAUGAGUGUGAUGGAGCAGGACCCAGACCAUGUGGUCCCCAUGCCAGCUGCACUAAUAGCCCUGGCUCAUACUCAUGUUCCUGUCUCCGUGGCUACCUGAUGGGUUCUGGAGGGUGCCAGGACAUAGAUGAAUGUGCUCUGGCUGCAGUCACGGGCUUGCAGGCCUGUCAGGAAGGGGCUGAAUGCACAAACACCCCUGGUUCCUUCACCUGCUCGUGCCCAGUGGGACAUGUAAGGGCUUUGAAUGAACAAGGCUGUGUAGAUGUAGAUGAGUGCAGCUUUGAGGAGCUGUGUCACCGUGAACUGGGAAACAUAUGUGUGAACACUCCCGGCAGCUUUCUGUGCCGGUGCCAGCGGGGCUUUAGAACCGAGGCCUCUGCCUGUGUUGAUGUGGAUGAGUGUAUAGAGAGUCCCGAGUUGUGCGAAGGUCAGGGUGUGUGUGAGAACACGCUUGGGAGCUACAAGUGUAUUUGUCGACCCGGUUACCAGGGAAACGGCACACACUGCGAAGAUGAGAACGAGUGUGCAUCAGGCAUUCACAGGUGUGACUCCAACGCUCAAUGUGGCAACAUCAUCGGUUCGUACUUCUGCCAGUGUUACCAGGGCUUUAAUGGAGACGGGCAUGCUUGCUUUGAUGUUGAUGAGUGCCUUCUUAACAAUGGGUACUGUGAACACAACUGCACCAAUGAAUUAGGAACGUACAGCUGUCAGUGUGCUGCGGGCUACCAGCUGGACCAGGGUGGACAUAACUGCACAGAUGUGGACGAGUGUUCAGCUCCAAAUGGGACCUGUCAGCACAUUUGCGUCAACACUAUAGGCUCUUUCCGGUGCUCCUGUAAACCGGGCUACCAGCUGCACAUUGAUGGCCGCACCUGUGUAGAUGUCGACGAAUGCAAACUGCAGAAUGGCGGAUGCUCUCAUGCCUGUACCAACUCUCCUGGGGGAUUCACCUGCCACUGCCCGCGUCCUCUGUUGUUGGAUACUGACAACCUCACUUGCACUAAUGCUACCUCUUGUCUGCUAAGAAAUGGAGGUUGCAACCAUGUAUGUUCCCUGAGAGCUGAGGGCGACAUCCAGUGUAGCUGUCGCGCAGGUUGGAAGCUGGGAGACGACCUCAAGAGCUGCAUUGACGCGAACGAGUGCGGAGACUUUACAAACGGAGGCUGUGAGCAGCUCUGUGUGAACCACCCCGGCGGGUUUAACUGCACCUGCAAGGAGGGGUACGAUGUCCGAGCUGAUGACCCCACCAGGUGUCGACCUGUGUGUGACCCACCAUGUCAGAACUACGGAGUGUGUGUGGGGCCAAACAGCUGCGACUGUCCUCCAGGCUACCCUGGUGUGGGGUGCUCAGCCAUUUGCUCUCCACCCUGUGCCCAUGGAGGAACCUGCAUGCGCUGGAACAUGUGUUUGUGUCCUUCUGGGUGGACAGGAGAAGGCUGCCACACAGCUGUGUGUGAGCUGCCGUGUGCAAACGGCGGCCGCUGUGUAGGCCCUGGUACCUGCCAGUGCUCCUCUGAUUACACGGGCCCCCAGUGCCUGUUGCCACUGUGCACUCCAGCCUGUCAGAAUGGGGGAAGAUGUGUGGAUGUUAACAAAUGCACGUGUGUUGCUGGAUGGCAAGGAGCUCGAUGCCAGAUUGAGUCAAUCCAGUGUCAAAAGCCUUGCAGGAACGGAGGAGUGUGUGUGGGCCUUAACCGAUGCCGCUGUGCCAAAGGAUUCACUGGCGGUCUCUGUGAAACAGCUGUAACAACACGAUGUGUCCCACCUUGUCAACAUGGAGCCACCUGCAGCCCGCACAACACCUGUACCUGUCCAGAAGGCACCGCAGGCCUGCGCUGUGAGAGACUGACAUGUCCUGUGGUCACCACAGUGGUCAGCACAGCCCGUGCUGUGAGGAAAGCUGUCAGGGAGAGCUACGUUGACCGCUGUGGACCCCUGGGAGUUCAGCUUUGCACUAAAUACAGGAUGAACCAGGCUCGUGUGUACCUGCAGGCCUACAGGGUUGGCUACAAACUCCAGUGUCCUGUGAAGAAGAACACAUAAGCUGUGCAGGAUACAGUAAAAGACGCAUAACAUCUGCAGCAAAAAGUAUGUUGGGGGAAGAAAAACCACCUGGACUGAAUUCAGACAAUCUCAGAACUGGGAACAACUGUGGGAGCCGCUGUUUAGCUUCACUGUUGAAAUAAAAGAGCCGUGUCUGAUGGAAA